AAUAAACCAUUAAAUUUAUAUCUCACGAACGCCAUGAGAAGGUUUGUUUGCUUUUUAUUGGUCCUUCAAAUCACGAUGGGACAAAUUCAAAAUGUAUACGACAUGCAGCGCUGCGGUAUAUCACAAAUAAAUGACGCUGCACAAAACUCCUUGGGAAAAAGAGUCAGGCGCUCCUCAGCUGAUGCUCAAUCAAACAAUCAACCCAUCAAUGGUGACGCAUCAAAUAAAGAUUUGGAUGAGAACGCCAUUUCGGAUCAGGAUGACAACGAUUUUAUGCAAGAGAAGGUGAUGGGAGGAAAGCGAGCAGCGAGGGGUGAACUUCCAUGGGCAGUAUACAUUCUUACCUCAGAAGAGUUAUGUGGUGGAACGCUUAUCUCAAGACGGCAUGUCGUUACUGCAGCUCAUUGUUUUUCGGCAUCGAAGUGGAAAAUGGGUCGAUGCAACACCUCAGACAUGUACCCUAUGGAAGCUGUAAUAAACUCUACCAAAGUUUUUGUUGGUGGAAGUUGCUUAUUCCCAAACAUAGCUGGUUGCAAUACGUCGGAUAUUGGCAAAAUGUACAAAGUUGCGCGCGCAUCCUACGAGCAGUAUUUCGCGUUUAACUGCAAAGGCACUCAUGACAUAGCCUUGCUUGAGUUGACUGAGGACGUGCCGAAGACAAUAAAUCAUGUUUGCCUUCCUUUCCUGCAUCAGUUGGAAGAAAUCGAAGAUCCCUACCUAAAGCUAAGAUCAUUUGGAUGGGGAUUAGACCCUUUGAAAUAUACCAAUAUACCUUCGCCUUACUUGCAAAUAGCGGAAUUAGGCGUGAAAUCGUCGAAAGAAGAAUGCAACAGAAUGAAGAAUUGGAAAUCAAACGAUACCUUUUGCACUAAAUCUGGUCCACAGUAUAUUUGUCGAGGUGAUAGUGGCGGAGGCGUGACAGCAACGAUUCGUAAAAGAACUUACUUGAUUGGAAUAAUUUCUUUUGGACCAAACUGUAUUCGCGUUGCUAAAGGAAAAAAUAUUUCACAUCCACAGGUCUCCACUGAUAUCAUGUACUACAAGGAAGUUAUCAAAAACAAUUCCUACAUUAAGAGAAUGGGACAUACACCAAGUAAUGUGUAUGUUUUGCAUAUACAGCGAUCCUGUGUGCAGUUACGACAGUCGCUAUAA